UGGAAACAUGGCGGCGAUGUAUACAGUUACCUGUAAUAAUUUAGUCCAGCAGGUGUCCCUAAUCUGACCGAAAGAUGACUAAUUUUUGACAUAGAAGAAGUAAAUAAAAGGGAUGGAUGCCCGUGAUAUGGCAGCCUAUCUUGGCUAUGAGCAGGCAAAUGUGGCCACUUCUGAGUAUGUGUCUGGUAACAUUGAGACCCCCAGCACAGACAACAGUGCAGAGGUGGCAGACAAUGAAGCCAGGGACCUGGAGGAAACUCAAACCUCAAAGAGACCUUACAGAUCUUACUUUACUCAACAGUCAACUCCAUCCAACAUUAUUGAGACAACCUUUGAGGUGCCAGAUGCAGAAGAAACUUUGAAAUUACUACGCAAGCCAUUUCAAAUAAAGAAUCCUGGAUACCAUGUUUGCAAACGUAGUCCGGAUCACAAUAGCAUAAGUUUUAUGCACUGUAGGCAUGUGCUUGGCCUGGGAAAGCAGUAUGAAGCUUUACGGAAAGUCAUGGAAGAGAGGGCACGCCUGGAAUUCCUCCGAGAUUGUAUGUUCAGGAUAAAGUCAGUUUCUGCUUUUGUACAGGACCUAGAAACCUUGGUACAGAAUGAGUAUCGGACAUUUUAUGCCAUUACUCAUCAGUGUGUUAAUGAAUCUCCCAUGACAAAGUUGUACUGUUUAAAUGCUCUCUGUGAGGACCUACGGACACACAUCGGCCACUGGAACAGUAUCAAACAGCGCAUACACACCAGUAAAUGGUUGCAGCCAAUGAUUGGUAGACUCUAUAUCGAUGUUGAGCAUGUUCGUAAAUCUUUGUUUACAUUGUACAACAGUGCUAUAUAUUGGAUGGAGAAACUCAUCAUGAUUGGCUUUCAAGUUUUCUCACAUAGCAACCUCGCUGGUUUAUCUCAAGAAGUUCUGUGGAAUAUCACUCGUGGUCUUGAGGACUUCAACAACAUUCUUAACAGCCUUCCAAAAGCAAGAUAUAAGCCUUGUGUCAUUAUUGACAGCCUUCAGUCCGAUUGGUGCUACAGAAGUUCGAAGUCGGAUCCUAGUUUAACAAACUUUCCUGGUUUUCUGGCAAACAGUGCUAAAGCUAUACCUUUUUCAAAGAUCUUGAAUAUCAUAGCCAGCGAAAGAUCAAAAUAUGCUGCAAUGGCUACUCACAGAUUCUUCACAUGCAAUGAAGAAUUCUUGAAGAUUCUUAAUUCUGGAAAAAUACCUGCCUAUGUUUGGAAUGAUGAGGUCCAUAGCCAAAAUCACAGUAUUGCACAUGGUCAAGAUACAUCAGACUAUCACACGGCCAGUGGCAGUCUUACUAGCAUCAGUGGUGCAGUGUUAAGAGUGGGACCCAUCAGAGCUCCUGAUCUCAGUCAAAAGCCAGCUCCUCUCACAGACUUUGCCUCUCAAGAGCAGCACUUUGCAAACACAUUUCUAUUUAUUGUUUGCAGCUCGACCCAUCUCCUCAGGAAAAGCGAAAGCCAUUCAAAAUCAAAACAUAAGAGCAGCCGAUCUCAAAAUGUCAGUAAAAGUGUCAGUCUUCAGAAGCCUCCAGUUGGUCAGGAAACCCCAGUUCUCUCUCGUUCUGACUCUAAACGAAAGACUGUCUCAUGGGGUGACUCGGAUGACGGGUCCAUCCGAACACAGCUGGUUAAUCGCUACAUGGACACCUUAUGGAAGUGCUUUGGGAAAGCUCUUGAGCAGAGGUUUCACGAACCUGCCUGGUGUUCAAGAAAAAGGCCAGAGAUUGGGGGACUAGGAAGUGUGGUCUUUUGCAAUGCAACUCUCAUCGCUGUCAUCAGAAACAUGAUUGAACAUGUUUGCUUGAAAGAUAUGUUCCCUGUGACAUCUGUCUCGCCAAUGCUGGGCCUGGCCCGCAAGUUCCACACUAUGUCUGCUAUGGCAUCCUGGGAUACCAACAUGUGUGAGGUGCUAGGGUCACGUCUGAAUGACAAAUGUUACCCCUGUCCCUUGGCGGGAGGCGACUACAGCACACGGACGGGCAUGCUGCUGCGCGACACCUACCAACCACUCUUCAGCAUACUACAGGAGGACCUCAAGGACCUGUCAGAAACUGGCAAAGACUCGACAGUUCUGGUCCCCAAGCAGGACUUGGACCUGUACCACACAACCAGCAUUGUAUGUCGCCUGUUGACAAACUGUCAGGUGGCCCACAACUGGUGUGUUCACAAGUCGCAGGCUUUCUUGUCGUCUUGGGCUGUCGGUAACUUCCUUCUCGUCACACAGACAGACCUCAAGCUUUUGGCUGAUGAGACUAAAAAAGCCCUAUAUCAAUCAAGGAUCUUCAGUGGAAAGUCCAUCAGUAAACCAUCUCAAGCAGAGCAACAGAUGAUCAUUUACCUAGGGGAGAUAACCCAACAGAUGUCUUCAGCUGAUUCACAACUACAGACUCUUUCUGGAUCCUCCAUGAAAGUUUUCUGUGAAAACUGUGAGAAAAUGGCAGAUGAGUACUUCAAGGAAUCCAUGCCUGUUGGGAAAGCAUGGAAGAAGAAAACUGCACCAGAGCUUCCAACAGAACACAGUUUGUACAUAGAACAUGCUUUAGAGGCCAUUUUGGAGCCCGUAGUGGAGGGAGUGAGUAAACUAAGACAGACAGCCCAGCUAAGUGCUAUCUCCAUGGCAACUACCUCAUUGUGUGAAUCAUGGAAAAACUUCAUCCUCAAAGAGAAAAUCAAAUUUAGCUACAUCGGUGCCUACCAGCUCGGAAAUGAUCUCAAUUUCAUCAAGAGAUGGCUGAGUGAAUACAUCUCCAACUCAGAUGUGCGUCAAAGCAUCCUGGAUCUGACUAUUUUUCGAUACCUGAAUGGUGCAGUUAUGGUGCUCAAGAAACAGCCUUUCCGCAAGGGAAGUGGAAGGCUCUUCCGUGAACCCUGCUCUUCCGAGGACCUCAGUUGCGGUGACAUGGAAGUAGCUCCCCGGGACAACAAGAACUCUGAUCGCUCUCCAGAUGGUGACGUUGAUAUUGAUAAUCCCCCAGACGAGUCUGACAUCCGCUAUGUUCAAAACAUUGACGAUUGGCUGGCGUUGAGAGUCCAAGGGGGAGCCAAGACUUGGCGCUUCUCCCUGUGUCUCAAUACUCCAGCUACCAACCAAUGAGAAUUGCUUUUAUGGUUUCUAACUUCAAAACAAUCAAAUGAAGACGAUUGUUAUUUUGAGGGUAAACAAAAUGAAAUCCGAAAAUUUUAACUGAUUUGAAAAAUGAUGUUGGAGAUGAGGAAUAUAACUACAGGCAAAGGGAUUGUUGUUUUAGUACAUGUACCUGGCUUUUUUUCAUUGAAAGAGGAAUACAUUAUACGUGUCAUUUUUUCGUAGGCAAAAUGAUUAAUAUAUGUAGGUAUAGUUAAACUUGUAUAUAUAUAUUUUUUAUAAUUAACCAAGAUAAAAACUUCAUAUCAAAACUAAUAUUAGUCAACCUCAAGAUUUAUAUAAACACCUUCAUGUUCUUGAUAUACAUGUUAGUAAUACAAAAUACAUUUUGUAGAUGACAUGCUAACCUCACCAUUUAGUGAAAUCUGUAGAAUUUGCAAUUAAGCAAAAAUUGAGUAUUAUUUCAAUUUAAAAAAAAAUAUUAUUUUAAUUGAUUUUUAAAAUUGAAAAACACAUUAAGAAGCCACCAUAUGUAAAUGCUUGGGCCAGAAUUAUCAUUAUAAAAUAUAGCUUUUAUGUAAUAUUUAUUGAAAUGUUUGAUUGUCAAGUAUACUCUAAAGAAAAGAAUUUGUAGAAUAUACACAUAUAGCUGUAUUAUUUAUAUUUUAAAUAUUUAUUAACUGUGAUAUUCAAAAUUUAAGAAUUAAUGUGGAUUUUUUUCUAAAAAAGACACUUUUCAAAGUAAAUGUUAAAAUAUUUAUUACAUGUACUGCCGAAAAGCUAUGUUCAAAAGCUGGUCUAAUUAACAAGAAGUAGCAAGUUUUAAGCAAGUAACUAGUACAGUAUAUGCUUCAUCUGUGGUGUAUAUUGCAGUUGAAAGGUGUUUGAGAAAUCAAGGGAUAAAUUUAUGCUGUACAUAAUGCAGCUUAUAAUACAAAUAUCCUGGAUAUCUCGGCAGAGUCCAUUUAUGUUAAAUAUCUUGGACAUCACUUCAGCAAUAUUAAAAAUCAUAAAAUGGCCGACCAGUAGCCUGUUAUUUCAGAGUAUGAUAUUAGAUAUUUAACAGUUACCUGAAAAGGGGAGGUACAAAUUUGAGCUCCACCUAAAUGUCUAGAUAGGAGUGUCUGAACAUAUGAUUCCCACAAGGAAUGUUCCAUAACUGAUUAGAAUGAUCAAUAAUACUUAGGAAAAUACCUGACUCUUUAUAACAUGUGUAGUAUUAGAUAUAGAAGACUGAUAUCUAGAUAGAAAACCUUUGGUGCACCACUGAACCAAAAAAUGUUAGAUAACCAAUAGUUUUUAAAUUGUUCUUUGAAACAAUUUCUUCCCCAAUUCCUUAUUGUUAGAAUUAGUGACAACGAAGACUAAUGAAUUAUAAAGUUAACGUUUUUAAUAGUUGUGUAGUAAUGGUAGUUAUAGGACAAAAUCUUUAUUAUUAGAGAUUGCCGAUACAUAAUGUUUUUAAACAAAUAAUACCAAAAUACCAGAAUUUAGAGUAUCUGAACAACCAUACUAAGUAAAUAUGCCAAUAUCUUUUUAUAAAUUGAUCUACUUUAUUUUUCAUUUUCACUAUAGCUUUUAAGCGAUUUUGGUCAAAUUAUUGUUUUUCUCGUUGUUAAAACAUAGUCUGCAUAAAUGAAGGAAAUAACCAUAGCAAGUUAGCCAAAUUCAGCACAUCAUGCAGGUGGAACCCAAUAUGUACCCAAACAGAGCAGGAUCAGAAAGGAAUUUUGAAUAGUAGGCGAAAAAAUGAUAAGUACUGAAAUUUGUUUUUGUCCCUUUUUUUUCAAAUUUGGGAAUAGGGCUUGAUUACACAAUUUUAUAUAAAAAAUCAAUUGAUAUGCUUCCAUGACAAAUUUGUCAAUAUUGUGAUUUUUUAAUUGAAGGAAUGUUUAACCUAGAUGCUUUUGCUAUAUUCAUUCAAGUCAUUUUUCAAUUUUGUCUCAUUCAUUUUUAUAGCUUCUCAAUUUCUUCCCUUUCCUCAAAUGGCAUGUUGAAUAUAUUUUGUUUUUAAUUUUGAAUGUAUAUUUAGAGGACUCCAUAGUGCUGCCAUAUCUGUAAAUACAGGGUUGUGCAAUGUUUGUUUUUUCCUAAAGGAUACCAGCAUUUUCAGUUUUGUUUACAGUUGUAUUAUUUGAUACAGGGAUUAGGUUAUUUUCUACCUCUUAUAUUACUUUGUCUGACAGUCGUUUUGCUUUCUAAGACAUUAAUUUUGAGGGAACUACCGCAUCUAUAGCUUGUGUCAUCCACCCUGUUAGGAGUCCUUUUGUAAGAGAUUGUGAUAUUUAUUUUGUGACAUUGGAACAUUCCUUUGCAGUUUUGUGUAAUCCGUCCUUUGUUUUUAUUUCAUACGUUUGUUUACUGUCAGAAACAUUUCAUAAUUAGUUAGGUAGUUGUGUAGUGAGAAAUAAAAUGAAUCUCUGCUGUAGAUUUAGUUACGUACCCGGGGGGUAUGUAUGCCAGUAGUCGUAUGUUAGACCUGUUAUAAUGAUUAAUUUCACUUUCUCAGACAAAUCUUUGAAAAAACCUCCUUUGUUUAAAGAUCUGUUUCCAGAUGUGAGCAUGAAUAGCUUUAUUGUAUAACCGGUUGAAAUAAAACUUGUGUAAUGCCUUUCAACACUUCUGAUCGAUUUGAAGACAAUUACACUAUAAAAAGUUUUAUGUAUCAAACAUCAUUUCCUUCAGGGAUCUUAUACAAAUUAAACUGUAUUGAGAGUAAAAAUGUACUGUAAUACAAUGCACUUCAUGAUAGGGAUUUAAGAUAUCUGAAACAAGAAUUCCGAAAGAUCAAAAAUUUUACCCACAGUGGCCUUUCUUAAAAUGGCCAUGGGUCAGUUCCUCAAUCAAGGAAUGUGUUUUAGGUACCUUAAUGGGUCACCUACCUGACCAUGUCAGGUUUACUAAAGGAACUCCUAGUUUUAAAUUUAAAAACUCUGCAACUUACAAUGCUGGCCAAGUGAUUAUUUGAUAGUUAAGCUGUUAAUUCAAUAUUGUGUAAAAUAGUUUAUAAUAUGUGUUUUGAAAAAUUGUGCUAACACCUCAUUCUUUUAAUCUGCUUAGAAAAGUAAUUAUUCUUUCCAAUAAUUUGAAAAUUCAUUCCAGAACUUUUGUAUUAUUUUUUAACCUUCAUACCUUUUUGAUUACAUAGACAUUUUUUCUGGAAAAUUAAUCAUCUUUUUUACAAAAUUUGUAUCGGGUAUCAACGUCUUCACAUUUUAUACUUCGUGAUAACCGUGAGAUUAGAGGAUGUACCUGUAUACACAUGUUAAAAUUCAGGUUAAUUUUAGUAUAUCUUUAUUCUGAAGAUGAUAAGUGUCUUAUCGACAUGAAAACCCCGUUCAUUUUCAUGUUAAAGCCAAAAGAAAUGAAAAAGGAUUUUUCUUCAGAAAGAACAUGGUACAUAGCUAAAUGUAUAAAACACAUUUUUCUGUUAAGUCCUUGGAUGUUGUCUUUUCGUAAAAUUUUACACACACUGUCUCAGAGAAGGCAACAUAAUCUUCCUAUUUGUUUGUUAAAAUAAAUUAUAAAGUGCCAUCAGUGUUAUAAAAUGUUGUUAAUUAUGAAUAUAUUAGUGGCAGUUUGUUCUGAACAUUAAGAAAACUUAAUUUUUUUAAACAUAUGUGUACCAUGUAGUGUGUAUUUAAAUAACUUUCCUACUUGUGAAGGUUGUAUUAAAGAUAAGCUGUGUAUUUAAAUAACUUUCCUACUUGUGAAGGUUGUAUUAAAGAUAAGCUGUGUAUUUAAAUAACUUUCCUACUUGUGAAGGAUGUAUUACAGAUAAGCUACUGGUCACAUCACUGCAUCAAUUCAAUAUACCAGACGGUAAACACAUCUCUUGAAAUACUCUCAAACAGACAAUAUUAUCAUGUACUUUUAUUAUUCACUUAAUGCCAAAUCAGAAAUGGUCCCAGUACACUUUAGAGUUGUCCCGGUUAGGUUGUGUCGAUCAUGAUCUGAAGUUACGCGUCGUCUUGUAAACAAACAUGUCCUGUCAAUUUUCUAGUCAUACUCACCUAUUGUGAUAUCAAAUAUUUGUAUAUAUAUAGAAUAAUCUGCUUAUUCGAUAAUUUUUGGACAUAAAUUGUCAGGGCAUUGAUGCCCUAGUUACAUAAUUAUUAAAAACUCUCUUUUUGUAGCCCACUGACAAAAAUUAACUUAAGAAAAACACACAAUAUGUAGCAAGAUUUACAUGUGUCCCUCAACCCAUUUGUUGGAAUUUGACUAAUCUAAUAAUAAUUUUCCCCAAAAAAAUGCUUCCUUUGAAUGAUAUAAUAUAUGUGAAACUGUACAUAGGUAAAUUGAUGUAAUGUGUGCUAUAUGCACCUCGAGCUUUUGGUUUUUGAAAUGGAACUGGGAGAUUCUUACAUGCCAAGUAGGGGAGAAACUUUGCCUAGUGAUCUGAACAUUUUUGUAAAGUUUUAUAUUUGUCAGGGUAAAAUUUAGCUCUUCCUAUUGUCAAUAGUCGGUCACCUGAAAUGUUUUGUAUGAAAGCAUGUAUUGGUUGUUCAAGUGUAUUUUAUGUGUAUUUGUUGAUUGUGUAAAGGAUGAUGAGUUUUUUAACCUGAGAGCAUAUUGUUGAUUGUUAUUGCAUGGUAUUUGGUUUCUUAUCCCGACAUAGUGACACAUGGUAUGUUACAUUUAUAUGACAUUUUCCAUAAAGUUCCAUUUCGUGUAAAUAUUUUAAUAAGAAAUAUCAAUUUGGGCAUCAUAUUUCAUUGUAAAUUGAAAAUCUUUGAGAUUCACACAUGACUCUUGCCUAAUUCUGAAAGAGUAGUUAUUACUAACAGUUUAAAGGGAGAGAAUACAAAUCAAUGCUUAAAGUUAAAGUAUACGUAGUUAGUUAUUAUUUAUUAAAGUAAAUGUUAUUUGUUGUUUUAAGUUUAUGUUUGUUUCUUAUCCUUUGUUUUGUUUGCUUUUAAAACUAUUCUUCAAUAGUUAAUGUUGUACAAGUAGUCAAACUUUGUUACCUUGAAGUCAGUGGGGUUAUGAAAAAACUUCGAGAUAUCUAAAGUAUUCGAGGUAACUGGGUAUAUGUAGAAUUUUUACUCUCAGAUUUGAGUUUUUACUUCGAUUUAAGCAGAAUCUUUUGGGUGUCAGAGUUCAAUAUACCAAAGAUUGACUGCAAUUUUAGCUAGUAGGAACACAUACCCUUAACAGUUUAGUUAUAAUAUUUUUAACUUUUUCUGACAACUGAUUUUUAAAUUUGUCAGCUGUUAAUUCUAAAAUAUACCUAAUCCUUUAAUUUAUCCUUGCUAGAAACUGUGUCAGGAUUUUACAUUUGACAAUUGUUAAGUGAUAGAACAUGACUAAGAAAAGUAUACCACUAACUAGUUCAUACUUAAUAGCUUGUAUACAAAUUAUUACAUACGUCAUAGGCACUUUGUUGCUGCUGAAUCAAAGCAUGCUCUCCAUUUUGUACCGAAAUCAAACUGUCAGCAUGAUCCGUAUUAGUUCAUCAAGCUACUAAAUGUCUAUUGCAUGAUUGAUUCAAUACUACUAUGUAUAAGCAUUUUAAUAUUGACACCUAUAUAACUCAAAUUCAAACUGUAUUUGUGAUUAAGUUUUUUCCAAAACAACACCUUUAGGUGGGCUAGUUUGUUGUGAACUUUAACUGGAAUGAAAAUGAACUAAUUUAUUUUGAGCUUUUUAAUACUGGUUAGGAAAUAUUAUUUAAAUAUGUUUAUCUGUAAUUAUGAUAAAACAUUUAAUAGUAAUCUUUUUCUACAUCCUCGGGCCCCAUGUGAAAAUCACGCUUAUUGCUCUCAGCGUCUGGCGGAAUCUGAUAUCUUCGGAGAUGUAGCCUAAGUAUCCAGUGGUAAAUGAGUGAUGAUGCCCUUUCUUGUAUCUUCAUAGAAUUCAAAAAUAUAACAAGACAUUAUAUUUACCAGGUGUUUUAUGUAGAUAUCUAGGUGUAAUCAGAAAGAAUAUUAUACGAUAUCAUAUUUCAAGUUCAGUUAGUUUUAACAUCAAGAUUAUUGUGUUUAUUUACAUGGACUUUCAAGUAUUGGAAGAUAUAUGUGUAUCAAAUUUUAAUACAAUGUAUAUAUAAGGACAUUUACUAGUUAUUUAUUCCCAAUCAUACAAGAUACUGGUAUUUAAAUAUACCUGUACAUGUAAUAUGUACAAAUUGAAAUUAUUUAUAAAUAAUGCAUAUUGUAACACAUCAACACAGUAUCAAAUCUAAUAUGAUUGAUAAACCUUUCAUAAGUCAUUAACAGUUUUGAUGCAGGAUUGAGACUCAAAUGUCAAAUUAUCCAAAGUUUAAUUCUAUUUAAAUAUGAUAUUAACAUUAUAAUCGCAGUAGCAACUUUCAAAUUAUUUACAAUUAAUUAUUAUUAUAUCAAAAUUAAGAUAUAUUUUUAUUUAAGAUAUUUAAUUAAAUGAUUAAAUGAGAUUUUUGAUCAAAUGAUUUAUAAAGCCUUUGCUGUGAUAUUGGCCCCAUUAAUUUGAUAAUUAAAUGUAGAGAAGAAAAUGAAUACCUUAUGAUAUUAAUACCCAGAGUGAUAUUGAAAUAAUGUUAUUAUCUCCCCUGAGUGAUAUUGAAAUAAUGUUAUUAUCUCCCUUGGUUUAAAGGACCUUGUAUCUUGGUGCACAGUCUGUUGUCUACACAUCUGACUUCUGACAUGUACAGAAAGCUUAGUUCCCCUUCAGGGCUCAGAAAGAAUGAACAGAAAACCUGAUAAAUUUCCAUAAAGCUUCUAUAUAUGUUGGAUAUAUUUUGGCUGUUGCAUUACAGCUCAAAUCUGAUCACUGAGGACUUGUAUGGUGCCAUACUUUAAUUUUAUUUUGUUCACAUGCAGGAUUUGAGAAGGACAUGGGCCAUAGGAGCAUACAAAUUCUUGAUGGCCAAUAAAAAUUUGAAUGUCUUGCACAUGUAAAUGAGAAAAUGGCCCAUAAGAAUUUUUACUAGUGGUAUAUGACCCAUACCUAGAUUCUGCCUUGCCAUCACCUGCAGAUUAUGUAACAAAAUUUAUUUUAAAAUAAUCUUAAGUCAAAAUAAAGCAUGUGAUUUUCUAUAAUGGUCUUUUGAUUAUGGAUCUGAAAUAUCACAAGGUGAGCGAUUCAGUCCCAGGGCAUCUUGUUAAACUAUAAAUCAUUAAUGUAGAAUGUAUUAGUCUUUAAAAUGCAUGCUUUAUGAAAUGUGUUUUUUUGUGAGGCAUAGACCACCUGUAUUAAGAAUAUAUUAAAUCAUUUUAUUUAUGCAUGUAUGCUGUUAAUGAAUUAUAUACAUGAUUAAGACUAAAAUUGAAGGUCCACUAUAUUAUUUUAAAUACAUAUUGAUAUUGGUGAAAUAUAUUGAUCUAUCAGAAUGUAAUUGACUAUUGAAACUGCCCAAUGUAAAAACAUUAAAUUUAGAAAGAAAAAAAGGGAGAGAAAAUCUCUUUUACAAAAUGUCACUAAACUGUUUUAUGCAUCCAUUGUGUCCCAUUGGUUAGUCACAAUGCUCUCCGCAGUGUUGUGAUAUUAGCCCCUGGAGUAUCGAGGAUGUCAUUUGUGAGAUGUAUUCACUGAAAGUUUAUUUAUAUCCACAAAGUCAUAUUUUUUUUUUCUUUCAAAUAUACAAUUGAUAGGAGUAAAGAAAUAUAUAUAUUUAUGGUGCAGAUUUCCCCCCUAUGUAACCAAUGAAGGGUUACAAGUGAUCUUGAUUCGAAAUCAAACUUAGAAAUGUUGAAAGUUGUUUUUGAACAUUUUUUUAUGACAAACGUGAAAAUUUUUAUGACAAACAUAUAUAGAGCAUUCAUUUUGUAUAGUUGUGUUUUCAGUUACACACCUAACAAUAAUGGAUGUAUAUUUGGAAGGUAUCAUUGAAAAUGAAAACAUUUUUAGUUGUGGACUGAACAGUUUUGCAAUAUGCUGAUGUGUUUAAAGUGAAAUUUAAAAAGCUGUAACACCACAACAUUUAUUAUUAAAUGCAAAUGUAAAAAUGAUGGUAUAGAGAAUAUUCAUCAUAGCUUUUUGGGGGGGAAAUGCUUACCACUUUUGAGAAGUACAUUGUAUUGAGAAAGUUUGCCUAAGAAUUACAUAUAGAAUUGUGUCUUAUUGACAGGAUAGUGCCCUUAUGUCAAAUCGUUUAUGUGGUAUGUGCUCAAUGCAACCAACCUUUGUGCCUAUAGACUACUUGAUAGUUAGGUCUGCCACCAAUACACCUUUAGAUAAUAGCUCAACACGCACAAUCACUGGGCUGUUAAUAUAGUGCCGCAGUUACCUCAUGUUGUAUAGGAUAGCAUUGAUGUUCAACCUGCCUUAGUGUAACCAGAUGUAGCUAAUAUUUAGGUUUUGUUCAGUAAAUAUCCUGGUAGUGCUGUCUGUAAUUACAAGAUGUCCCCAAUUGUCUUUGGUAGUGAUGUCUGUAUUUACAAGAUGUCCCCAAUUGUCUUUGGUAGUGAUGUCUGUAUUUACAAGAUGUCCCCAAUUGUCUUUGGUAGUGCUGUCGUAAUUACAAGAUGUCCCCCAAUUGUCUUUGGUAGUGCUUUCUGUAAUUACAAGAUGUCCCCCAAUUGUCUUUGGUAGUGCUUUCUGUAAUUACAAGAUGUCCCCAAUGUCUUUGGUAGUGCUGUCUGUAAUUACAAGAUGUCCCCCAAUUGUCUUUGGUAGUGCUUUCUGUAAUUACAAGAUGUCCCCCAAUUGUCUUUGGUAGUGCUUUCUGUAAUUACAAGAUGUCCCCAAUGUAUUUGGUAGUGCUGUCUGUAUUUACAAGAUGUCCCCAACUGCAAUAUACUGGUAUCGUAUUUCUUCCUCAAUAGCUUAUUGUUAAGUUAUAUCUUUGUUCAGUAAUUUUGUUGUAAACAACUGUUGAAACUCAUAAGAAAGUAGUGCUACAAUAAAGUCUGUAUUAAUAACUUGUGUUUAUAAUUAUCAAAUUUUGUUUUCAUGUUGAAAGUAUUGAAGUGCACCUCUUCAUCAUAUGAAGUGUUAUCUUGUUGGAAUGAAUUUAACUUUACCCUUGUGUUACAUCAACUAAUUGUGAAAAUUGUUAUUGGUAAAUGCUGUACUUUGCCCAAAGUUGUGAAAAUUGUUUUAUGAACUGUUUUUUGUUUCCAAGCCUUUGGGUACAAGUGUUAUAAAAUGUCAUUUUUGCCACAUUUUUAUACUCGCUGUAUACACAAGACAAAAGAAUUUGAUAAUGCCAUGAAAUUGUUUUGAUAAAAUUUUAAAAUUAUUUAAAGAAACUUCCAUCUUCUAUUAGAAAUGGAAUUAAUCAAAGUAUUGAAGAUAGUGAGGGUCAUUCUGGAAGUCAAUACAUUGUGAAGAGGAUGAUGAAGGAGAGGCAAAAAUCCUUUUCCUCUUAUGUCCAUUUCUAGAAUAAUCUUAAUCAUAUUAACUUCAUAGUGCUGUCAGUAUUUUUUCUUCAUGUGUAAAUUGCUAUUUUCCUAAUGGACAUAUUCGACAUUUAUCAUUUUCCUAAAUGUCAAUCAUAUUAAAAUUAUACUUGAAAUUUUAUUUCUACGAUACAUUCCAAUACAUUAAUGUACUGGCAUCUUUAGAGGAUCAGAAUUACAAGUAUAAAUUUAAUUACAUCAGGUCUUUUUUUACUGUAGUUACUUAUUUCUACAGAAAUCAGUCUGAUGAAACUUGUGUUGAAGAAUUAAGUACACAGGGAAUACUACUGUAAAGUUGUUAGAUUUAUAAUAUAUAAAUGUCAUAGGCUAACAGUAAAAGGAUCCAUUCACAGAAUUAAUGCAGUAUGAAAAUACGUUUUUGUUUGUUGGCAAGAUAUUGUUUAAGAAAAUUUUUUUAUGGAAAUCAGACAAAUUUUGGCUGUACUACAUAGCUAGUAUCUUUAGUCCCUUGUUAUUAAAUCCAGUUUCAUGGUAUUGGGUUUCUGUAAAAGUUAGCUGUGUGCUUAAGUUUUGCAACAGAUUUUAAAGUGACAUGUGCCAUAGACAAAUUUACUACUACUCUGUAAAGUACAAGAAAGUUUGAUUUUCUAUAAAUUUACAUGUACUUUGUUUAUAUAUUGAGAAACUUUCACCAUUUUUGCCCAAUAAUAUGAUGGUGUGUUUAACCAGGUAGGGAGGUAGUGAAAGUUUCACUAGUGUAAACAGCUUGUGUGCAAAUUAUUAGUAAAUAUUUCUUUGUGGGUGAAUGUUUCCAGUUAUUAAAUAUGAUAAUAACACUGUUAAAACAUAAAAACAGGGCAUUAAAAGAAAAUGUUUAUCCAGCAGGUAAUUUUCCUCCAAUCUACAUUUGUAAUGGCACAGGUAACUUUAAAUUUUGCAAAUGUCAAAAGUAACGAUGUUUGUAAUAACAGUAAAAGAUCAAAAAGAUGUUUUUUGUUGUCCAUAAUGAGCAUCUCUCCCGAGUAUUGUCCCUCGGAUAUUUUUGAGCUGUGACAUAUUUUUCCAUGACCUUGUAUCCUAUGAAGAUAUUAAUAAAGUUAUGAAUUAA